CGUGUUUUGACGCUAUACGUUGUGUCGUAACGUGAGAGGAAAUCGACGAUUACGUGCUGUUGCUACCCGCCAGUCUGAUUUUUAAUAGGCGUUCAAAUAGCCGCGCUUCGACCGCAGCCAAUAGAGUAACGGGAUUGAUUAAUUGCUAUCUUGGAAGUCUUUUUACGCGCUGUCCGGAGGAGUGUUACGCUGGAAAGAUACAGAGGCCGCUGUUUACCAGGCUCUUCACGAGAUCAAGAACGACGUGCCUGCUUUUGUCUGGACUACUGUGUCGUAGAAUUUAGAGGAUUCUCCCAACUUUUCGUGAGCUUCACCAUGGCGUCUAAGCAGGUGGUGAAUUUCGGCGCAGGUCCAGCGAAAUUGCCCGAGGAGGUUUUACUUAGAGUUCAGAAAGAUCUCCUGAACUUCAAAGAUUCAAAUCUUAGUAUAAUGGAAAUAAGUCAUCGAUCAACAGAAUAUUUGAAGUUCAAUGAUGAUACUCAGGCUGCAGUGAAAGAGUUGUUGAAGGUUCCUGAUAACUAUAAAAUCCUUUUUAUGCAAGGAGGAGGAACUGGUCUUUUUGCAGCUGUUCCUCUCAACCUCAUGUCUCGAACAGGCUCAGCUGACUACUUCGUUACAGGAUCGUGGUCAGCAAAGGCAGCUAAAGAAGCCACAAAAUAUGGAAAAGUGAAUCUUGUUCUUCCAAAGACAGACAAAUAUAAUGACAUUCCUGAUCCUUCCAAGUGGAAAUUGGAUCCAAAAGCUUCUUAUGUUUAUUACUGCUCAAAUGAAACCAUACAUGGUGUUGAAUUUCCAUACAUUCCAGACACACAAGGUGUACCUCUUGUAGCAGAUAUGUCUUCUAACAUUAUGUCCCGACCUAUUGAUGUCUCAAAGUUUGGAAUUAUUUUUGCUGGGGCUCAAAAAAACAUUGGACCUGCUGGAGUUACUUUAGUAAUUAUACGAGAGGAUCUGUUGGGAAACCCUUCACCUUUCUGCCCCACAAUAUUGGAUUUUAGUAUUAUGGCAAAAGAUAAUUCUGUACAUAACACUCCACCAACUGCUGCGAUUUAUGUAAUGAGCAGUGUAUUUGAGUGGAUUAAACAGCAAGGUGGUGUGGAAGGAAUGGAGAAACACGCUGUAAGGAAAAGCCAAUUAUUGUAUGAUACCAUUGAUCAAUCUCAAGGAUUUUACUGCUGCCCAUUAAAUCCCAAGAUAAGAAGUCGCAUGAAUGUCCCAUUCCGCAUUGGAAGUUUGAAUGGAGACGAAGCUUUGGAGAAAACAUUCCUGACUGGUGCACAGGAACGUGGAUUACUUCAACUCAAAGGCCACAGGAGUGUUGGAGGUAUUCGUGCAUCAUUAUACAAUGCUAUAACCUACAAAGAGGUAGAAACUUUGGUUCAAUAUAUGAAAGAAUUUCAAGAACUGACAAAGAAAUGAAGACAACAGUUGCUUGUGAAUGGUACACAGAAGUAAGAGCUUGAGACUGAAAAUCACACUUCUUUAACAACAGAAGGGACCAUUUUUUAUUUGAUAGAAAUUGUGAACAGAAUGCUUUGUAAAAAUAUGAAAUUGAAAAAUAAAUUUUAUCCAUAUGUG